AUGGCUACCCUCACAGAACACCCUUUACCGACUAUGCCCACAAGUUACGACCAAGACCUCGACUCCUUUAUCAACUUCGACCCGCUUGCCUACUCUUCCGCCGAAUCCGCCCGGCCCAAGGUCGCCUUGGCCAGUCAACCAUCGGUCGCAAGCACUGAGUUCAGCGCUAGCGAUGCCCGGAGUGCCAGUUUCGCUUCCAGUGGACAAUCACCUCUCGCCUUCCAAGCCCCUAGCCAUCACUACGAAGAGCACCGCCAACAGACUGGUCUGGUUCCCGGUGCCCUGUCCAUGAGCUACAACCAACAGGUCGCCCCUCCCAUGGGAUACAACAACGGAAACCCAGGGUUCCAAGUAAAUGGAGAGAUGUACGCCCAAAUGAAGCGAGAGGACGCCCCUUUCGACUUCAAUGCCACACCCACCACAAGAAACCCAUCUGAGAUGGAUAUUGAGACCGACGGCAUGAACAACAACAACAACGCUCCCUACUACUUCCCGGGCCAACCCGGCAACAAGAACCAAUAUGUCGAUCCCAACGCUCUCGGCGGCCAUGAGCUGGCUCAGGCUGGUCCGUCAACACAGGUUGGACGUAUGUACCCUGGUAUGCAUCAGCAGCAGGCUGCGAUGGCCAAGGCUGCCCAACAACAGAAGCACCAGGAGAUGGUUCGUCACCAGAUGCAGCAGCGCCGCGUCGAGGAGACCCCCGGUCCUGCCCUUAACCGACCCACUUCCCGUAACGACCCUGUUGUAGAGGAGCGUAUCUCUCGCCUUCUCCAGCAGAUGCGCCAGAACGCCGUCGCCAACGGCGAGGCUUCUCCAAGCCCCUCUCUCCUCCCCCAGAUGGCCAAGGCUCGCAAGGACGAGGCCGAUAUGGAUGAGGAUGAGCGCCUCCUUGCCAGCGAGGAAGGCAAGAAGCUCAGCAGCAAGGAGCGUCGUCAACUGCGCAACAAGGUCUCUGCUCGUGCUUUCCGUUCCCGCCGAAAGGAGUACAUUGGUCAACUUGAGAGUGAAGUCGCCGCUCGUACCAACGAGGCUCAUGAUAUGCGUAUGCAAAACCGCGCCCUGUACGAGGAGAACGCCCGUCUGAAUGACCUCGCCCGUAUGCUUCUGGGAUCUCCACACUUCGCCAACUUCCUGAACGAGAUGCCCGAUACCGUGUCGGCCCAGCCUCAGCAGCAACAGGCCCAGCAGCAGGUUCAGCCUCAGCCCCAGCAAGCCCCCAAGGAAGCUCAGGCCCCCCGUCAAGAGUUCCAGAUGCAGCACAACCCCCAGUCCAAUAUGGUGAUGGUCCCCAACCAGGGCAUGGACACCUCCAUGAUCAACAGUGGCUGGAACUCAGGUAUCGACAUGAACUACGGAAACACUCCCGUUUUCGCUGUUCUCGAGGUUCCUGAGGGCCCUGCUUUGGAUGCCGCCGCUCUCUCCGGAAAGUCAUCAUCUAUGGGUGCAUCUGAGCCAGCCAAGGAACAGGCCCCCGUCAUUGAGCGCCCGGUCGAGAGCCAGAAAUCCGACAUCGGUGUUGCCAACCCCGAUGUUGAGAUUGAUGAGUCCGACCCUGCCUUUGCUCUUUUCGUUGAUUCCCCCGCUGCUCCCUCUGAUGACCUUGUUUUUGACGGUAUGUCUUUCGAGAAGGCAGCUCCCCACUACGAGCUUGUGGUAGACAACAGUCAAGUCUCUGCCUCUGCUCAUGCCCGGUUCAACGCUCUCUGUUCCAGCAUGGAAGCCGCCUAUGAGCGAGUCUCAUCUGUCACGUCCCACCUCCAGUGA